GAAAACUUAGCACAUUGCCAGUCACUUUCAUUCACGGGUCAAAAGAAAUUCGGACAUAAAACCAAAUUAUGUCAUAAAUCCUUGACUUCCUCCACUCAAAGUAAAGAUUAAAAUAACUCUAAAUUCUACUCUCCUCUCUUUAUACCGGCAUCCACGUCCAAACUCCAAACCCAACACUUUCCUCAUUCAAAUCUUCAAUCAUUCAAUUCAGAAGGAUAAAACCCAGAAAAUUUUGCACAAAUUUCGAGAUUUGGAAAUGUGGGUAAUGAAGAUUUACAAGAAAUAGUAGAGAAAGAAAGAAUUGUUAGGCAUUUGAUGCUUCUUCACAAUGCUUAUUAGCCGCCUUAUUCUGCUGCUUCUGCUGCUCAUCUUCCUUUCUACUUGCUCUAUAUCUCAAGCUAAAGCAAAAGGGCCAUAUGCUCUAAGGAUAAGCUGUGGAUCAAGGAAGGACAUCCGCUCUCCACCAACAAAUACAUUAUGGUACAAAGAUUUUGCAUAUACAGGAGGAAUACCUGCCAAUGCUACACGGCCUAGUUAUAUUACCCCUCCACUAUCCACCCUUCGCUAUUUCCCUUUAUCUGAGGGUCCAGAAAACUGUUACAACAUUAAUCGCGUGCCCUCUGGGCAUUAUCUUGUGAGGAUAUUUUAUGGUCUGGUAGACGAUCCAAACUUUGACAACGAGCCUCUAUUUGAUAUCUCUGUAGAGGGAACUCUGGUGGAUUCUUUGGGCGCUGGAUGGAGUAAUGAAGAUGAUGAGCAUGUGUUCACAGAAACCAUUGUCUUUUUAACUGAUGGUACUGUAUCUCUUUGCUUCCACAGCACAGGUCACGGUAAUCCAGCAAUUCUUUCUAUUGAAAUUCAACAGGUUAAUGAUAAUGCGUACAAUUUUGGCCCACUAUUUGGCAAAGGAACAAUUCUAAAAACUGUAAAGAGGUUUAGCAGUGGGCAGGGGAGGCCAAAGUUUGGUGAAGAUUAUGGAGGUGACCCGUGGGGUGGGGAUAGGUUUUUUAAUUCACUGACAACUUUUGGCGAAAGUUCUGACAAGCCUAUUUCUGUUGAAAGUCCUAUCAAGAAAAGUUCAAUUGCUCCAAACUUUUAUCCACAAGGUCUUUACCAAUCAGCUUUAGUUAGCACUGAUGUUGAGCCUGCGUUAACUUAUUCAAUGGAUGUGGAACCUAACAGUAACUACUCCAUUUGGUUACAUUUUGCCGAGAUUGAUCCUUCCAUCACCAAGGCAGGACAAAGGGUCUUUGAUAUUCUGAUAAAUGGUGAUAUUGUAUUUAAAGCCGUAGAUGUCGUUAGCAUGAGUGGGGAUGUUAAAACAGCUUUAGUAUUGAAUACAACUGUUGCAAUCGAUGGUCGGACUUUGACUAUCAAUUUGAAGCCCAUCAAUGGAAGCCAUGCAAUAAUCAGUGCCAUUGAAAUCUUCCUGGUUCUUACAGCUGAGGCAAAAACUUCAUCUGGUGAAGUUAGUGCUUUACAAUCGCUAAAAAAGGCGCUUCAACUUCCUCAUCGUCUUGGGUGGAAUGGUGAUCCAUGUGUCCCCCGGCAACAUCCGUGGAAUGGAGCAGACUGUCGUUUCGAUGGUGCUAAUAAAAGAUGGUACAUUGACGGACUUGGUCUUGACAAUCAGGGUUUGCAUGGUUUCCUCCCUCGAGAUGUAUCAAAGUUGAGUCAUUUGCAGAGCAUUAACCUUAGUGGAAACAGUAUUCGCGGGACUAUCCCUCCAUCCUUGGGGACCAUUACAACCUUGGAGAUUUUGGAUCUUUCUUAUAACUUUCUGAAUGGCUCUAUUCCAGAGACUUUGGGACAAUUACAUUCACUGCAAAUACUAAAUCUCAAUGGAAACAAGCUGUACGGAAGAGUUCCUGCUGCACUUAGUGGAAGAUUGUUACACAGAGCUAGCUUCAAUUUUACUGAUAACGCAGGACUUUGUGGCAUACCAGGCCUGCGUACAUGUGGGCCUCAUCUUUCUCUGGGUGCUAAAGUUGGCAUUGCCAUUGCUGUGUUCUUAGCAUUGCUUUUAAUUGUUGGCUGCUCAAUCAUUUGGUGGAAAAGACGGCAAAACAUUCUCAGGGCUCAGAGACUGGCUGCUAGGGAAGCACCCUAUGCAAAGAAGCGGACCCAAUUUUCACGGGAUGUGCAGAUGACAAUACAUAAUCAGAAUUCAAGGACUGCUUCUGAGGACGGUCCUAUAUUAUUAUCUUGAAUGGGAGGGUAGCAGCGUUCAUGGACCUUAGACAUGUCAUUUGUCCAUUCUUUUGCAAAAAGAUUCAGAGAUAUGAAGCCACAGUUUUGUUGUUCGAUUAACACCGGCAGCCAUAUUCUUUGGACUUUUGAGCAGCUUUCCUCUGAGACUACUCAUAAACCUUUGAUUUGGGAGGGUUUUCCAAGAAAAUCUGAUCUGUGAACAUUGUAAAUUUGGAGCAUCUUGUAUAUUUUUUUUUUUCGGCUUUUUUUCCAUUUCAUUCUUCCCAUGGUUUUGGCAGAUUAAGUGUAACACUAUAGAAACUGAUUGGUAUAGCAAUCUGCAGGGAGAUAUUAGUAGGAGACCGUAAAUUACAUUACUCUCAUGUUAUAGUUCAUGAAUUUUCGAUUAACAGUCUUAUAAUAGAUGUCUCACCCUGUAACAGCUGUAAGAAUUAGGCCUCCUUUGUUGGAGUGACAAAGCAGAAAAUUGUAUUCUCAUAAAAACAGUAUAAUUGAUGCCUCUAAACAGAUUUUGAUGAUUA